AUGUCCGUCACGAAGGGAAUCGUGUUAGUAGGUGGUCCUAGUAAAGGUACCCGUUUGAGGCCACUCUCGCUUGAUUGUCCUAAACCUCUUAUACCAGUAGCUGGAAAGCCUAUGAUAUGGCAUCCUCUUGCUGCGUUCGCCAAAGUACCCGGUCUUACGGAAGUCAUCAUCAUCGGGUUCUAUGAGGACUCUGUUAUGAGUUCUUUCAUCAAAGAAGCCAAGCGAGAAUUCCCCAACAUUGGCAUCAGCUAUCUGAGAGAGUAUAAAGCUCUGGGUACUGCUGGAGGCUUAUACCACUUCCGAGAUUCCAUCCUUCGACCUCCUGUUCCUCAAAAUAUCUUCAUCUGUAACAUUGAUAUCUGCUCUGCAUUCCCAUUCCAAGAGAUACUCGAGCUUCAUUCCAAACAUCGAGGUGUGGGAACGAUUAUGGGUGUAAAUGUGAAGAAGGAGUCCGCGCAGAAAUACGGAUGUAUCGUAACUGAACCAGAGAAUCAGCUCAUGGUACACUACGUGGAGAAGCCAGACAGUUGGAUAUCCAAUACUGUCAAUGGAGGUGUCUAUUUGUUUGACAAGUCAUUGUUUGAUGAGAUCAAGAUUGCUAUGGAUGAAAAGACUGCUCGUGCUGCUGAGGAUCCUUUGGUCAAACCCGAUGAAAUCUUACGAUUAGAACAAGAUGUUAUCGUACCUCUUGCAGCUGCUAAGAAGAUGUAUGUGUACGAAUGCAAGGAUUUCUGGAGACAAAUCAAGACUGCAGCUUCCGCCGUCACUGCCAACUCCCUAUAUCUUGCUCGAUUACAAAAAACCAAUCCUGAUUUCCUUGCUAAACCAUCCUCCAACGUGAUUUCACCAGUCUAUAUUGAUUCUUCAGCCAACAUCGAUCCGACAGCUAAGAUUGGACCGAACGUAGCCAUAGGUCCUGGUGUCACAGUAGGAGCAGGUGUCAGAGUGAAGGAUGCUAUUGUUCUUGAGGGUACAACACUGGAGCAACAUUCCUGCGUACUCAACUCUAUAGUAGGAGCAAAUUGUAACAUUGGCGCUUGGGCACGAGUCGAUGGUCAACCUGAACCUGAACAUGACGUGAAAGGUCAAAUCAGUGUCACAAUCUUAGCUACCGAGGUGACAUUGGCACCUGAAACUCUGGUCCGAAGUUGCAUAGUCCUUCCCAACAAAUCUCUCAACCGAAACUCCGCUAACGAAGUUUUGCUUUAA